AUGAAGAGCUUUCUGCUGCCGUUUGCUCUCUUCGCGGCCUCGACCGCCGUGGCCCAGACCACUUCCUGCGCCGCUGACUACAUCGUCGAGGCUUGCCUGGCCUCCGAGAGCGCCAAGCUGGCCAGCUGCCAGCACAGCGAUUAUGCUUGCAAGUGCGAGCAGUACAAGAACAUCCUCACCUGCUUCAAUAACUGUCCUAACGACUCCCGUCUCCAUGACUAUGCCGGCCAGCGCGACAUCUUCUGCUCCUAUGUGACUCAGUUCGCGACGUCGAGCACAGCCCUCGUUACCGCUACCAAGUCGGCCGAGUCGCCCGCCAACACCACCCCCGCUGCCGACAGCACCUCUGGCGAGACCGACAGCACCGAGACCACCACCGCUGACGGUCCCACCAAUACCAACAGUGCUGCCGACCUUGCUCUUAACGCUGGCGGUGUGCUUGCUGCUGUUGCCGGUGCCGUUGCCGGUGCCGUUGCCGUGCUGCUCUAA